AUGCCUCCUGGGCCCCCCGGCGAGCCCGGCACCCUGGCCCCGCCGCCCGAGGGCAUCUACCGCACAUUCGAGGACCUGCUCACCGCCGUCCAGCGCGUUGCUAAGGACCAGGGCUACGGCGUGGUAAAGCUGCGUGCCAGCAACUAUCGCGACGGCAAGCCCACACGAUACGAUCUGGUGUGCGACAGGGGCGGCGUCAAGUACAACAGCACCGCCAAGAAGCGAAACCCCAGCACGCGCAAGGUCGACUGCCCGUGGCGCGCCAAGGCCGUCUGCGAGGUGUCGCUGCAGAACCAGUGGCGGUUUGCUGUGCAAGAUGGCAGGCACAACCACGAAGCCCGGGUUCCUGCAGCUCCCCCGGGGCAGGAGAACACUCCUCUAGCACAGAGCAUCAGGAGUCUGACGAAUAAGCUGGAUCGCAUUGGACACGAUGUGUCACAGGGGCUCGCGCGCAUUGAGCAGCGGAUCGACGGCAUCGAGAAGCGAUUGGCCGACAUGGAGCAGAACCGGGUGCUGAAUCUGGACUCGAGAAUGUCCGGCAUGGAUUCGAGAGGUGGCGGUAUGGACGUUCCUCUCGAUAACAUGGGCGGAAUGGAGCCGGGAUCGAUGCUUGGAGAAGCCGUAAUAGCGGGCGAACGUUCUCAACCGUCGUCGUACCCGCUGCCACCGCUAUCAGAUCAGCAGCUACAACUUACGACCUUCUCUUCCUCACGACGUGAGCUGGAGGAUGGUCAGGAGGAGCUCUCGUCGACUGUUGGUCACCCUCGUGCCAUUGAGAACGGUUAG